AUGGAGGAAAACCAAACACAAGUGGUGAGAGAAUUUGUUUUGGCAGGCUUCUCACAGACAUCAUCUAUUGAGGCAGGUCUAUUUGUAUUAUUUCUUUUCUUCUAUGUGUCCACUUGGGUAGGAAAUAGCCUCAUUAUGGUCACGGUGGCCUCUGAUAACAACCUAAAUUCUUCACCAAUGUACUUCCUUCUCGGCAACCUCUCAUUUCUGGACCUAUGUUAUUCAACAGUAACUACCCCUAAGCUCCUCGCUGACUUCCUUGAUAGUGAAAAACUCAUUCCUUAUAGCCAAUGCAUUUUGCAGCUCUUCUUCCUGCACUUUGUAGGGGCAGCUGAGAUGUUCCUGCUCACGGUGAUGGCCUACGAUCGCUAUGUCGCGAUCUGUCGGCCCCUGCACUAUACCACUGUCAUGAGCCGGGGAUUAUGCUGUAUGUUGGUAUCUGCCUCCUGGAUGGGAGGAUUCAUACACUCCACUGUUCAGACUGUUCUCACUAUACGUCUGCCCUUUUGUGGGCCAAACCAAGUGGACAACUUCUUUUGUGAUGUUCCUCCUGUCAUUAAACUUGCCUGUACAGACACCUUUGUCAUUGAAUUGCUUAUGGUAUCUAACAGUGGGUUAAUCUCAACCAGUUCGUUUGUGGUGCUGGUUUCUUCCUACACCACUAUCCUGGUCAAGAUUCGCUCCAAGGAGGGAAGGCGAAAGGCACUCUCUACCUGCGCCUCCCAUCUCAUGGUGGUAACGCUUUUCUUUGGACCUUGCAUUUUCAUCUAUGCGCGUCCCUUUUCUACUUUUUCUGUGGACAAGAUGGUGUCUGUUCUCUACAAUGUGAUCACUCCUAUGCUGAACCCCCUCAUCUACACACUUCGGAACAAAGAUGUCAAGUCAGCCAUGCGGAAGCUGUGGGACAGGAGUGGACUUACUUGGAAAAAGCAGGUGACAUAA